AUGUUAACCUACAAAGAUGUUAUAACAGGUGAGGACUUGUUCUCCGAGAUGUAUCCAGUCAACCUAGUGGAUGAUGCUGUAUAUGAAGUAGGCUUGAUUACGGAGGAUAAAAACUUAGUGGAGGAGUUCAACCUUCAACCAAUUAACCUUGAUAAAAGAGCCAUUGCAAAUCGUUUCAAUAAAUUUUCUAAAGCUGUUACCAAAUAUUUGAAUGCAAGUGACUCGGACUCAGACGCAGCUUCGAGGUUCCAAAAAGGUUCACUGUCGUACUUGAAAAAAAUUUUGAAUGAAUUAUCCCGUUAUAAUUUCUACACUGGUCCAUCAGGAAACGAAGAAGGAAUGGUAAUUAUGGUUCGUGACGAGGAAACUGCUCUUGUAUGGAAAUAUGGGGUUCAACAUCACGAAACUGAAUGA